CCUUGGGCCAGCGCAUAGCCAAAAGCAUCAUCCUAUACAGUCAAAUCGCAGCCCUGGACCAAAGCACACCUGCAAAACAGCAUCCCUGCAAUAGGCCAGAGCGCUGGGGAGCGAUGCGAGUGCUUUCGCUGCUCCUCUUGCUGCGACACAGCCUGGCAUUAGUCCCCCCAGCAGCCAAACCCCGCGCCACGCGACUCAGCGCCCUCACCGAUGAAGUUUUGGACGUGGCGCAGUGGGUCGGUACGAAUGCUGAUCAACUGCCGAUCGGCGAGUACGCGCCGUUCGCCGCCGCGGGCGCCGCCGCCGGCGCGAUGGCGGUCUCCGGCGCGGCCGUGCUCCGAAGUUUUGAGCGGGACGCGCCGGUGGAGUCGCCCCUAUCUAAAGAUGGGCGGUAUGAUCCCGAGGCCGCAGAUGCCUACUUCGGAAGGAGGCCCAUCCAAACGCUGAAACGGGGCGCGGAGAUCGCCGGUCGGGCCGCGGGCCUCGGCGCUGCGAUAUUGCUGGACGUGGCCACGGACUCCGUCAAGGAGAACGAGAAAGAGAGGGCGACCGCCGUCGUCGACGCGCUCGUCUCGCUCGGACCCACCUUCGUCAAAGUCGGCCAGGCCCUCUCGAUCCGGUCUGAUUUACUCUCGGAGGCUUAUUGUGAUGCGCUGACGACGCUCCAGGACGCCUGCCCGCCCUUCGAUGAUGCAGAAGCGCGGAAGGUCAUCGCCGACGAGGUCGGCGCGGACGCGUUUGCGGAUCUGUCUUCUUCCGUCAUCGCGUCGGCGUCGCUGGGCCAGGUCUACGUCGGCCACGUCUUACGGGAUGACGAAAAAGUCAAGGUCGCCGUCAAGGUCCAGCGGCCGGGCGUCGCCGAGACCAUCGCGCUGGACUUGCAUUUGUUAAGGAUUGGCGCUGGACCGCUCAAAGCUCUAUUCCAGGCCAACACGGACUUGGUCGGUCUCGUGGACACGUGGGGCGUGCGCUUCGUCGACGAGCUCGACUACGUCCGGGAGGCGGGCCACGCCGUCGACUUUAGCCGGGCCAUCGCCGAGACGCCUUUAUGCGGCGCGGUCUUCGCGCCCGAGCCCCUGGAGCACCUCACGUCGCGAAAAGUGCUGACGACGACCUGGGUCGAGGGCCAACGCUUAGACUACGUCGCCGACGCCACGGCCGAAGGUGAGUUAAGAAGGAAGCGCCGCGUGUCGCAGCUUUGUGGUGUGGCGAUGAAUAGCUAUUUAACGAUGAUGCUCGAGACGGGUAUACUCCAUGCGGACCCGCACCCGGGCAAUCUGAUCGUCGAGGAGUCGACGGGACGGCUCGCGAUCUUGGACUGGGGCCUCGUCACGGAGAUGGAUCCGGACCUCCGCCUGUCGUACAUCGAACACAUUGCGCAUUUGGUGGCCAAGGACUACGGGAAGGUGCCGAACGACCUGGUGAAGUUGGGUUUUGUGCCGGAGGGCUACGAGGAGGCCAUCGAGUCGUCGGACGCCGUCGCCGUACUGACGGACGUCUACACGCAGUUCGCGGGCGGCGGCGGCGCCGCGAAGAUUGAUGUGCCAGCAGUUCUGACGGAGAUGCGCGCGCUGGCGGACCGGCAGGGCAACCUGUUCCGCUUGCCGCCCUACUUUGCCUACAUCGCCCGAGCGUUUUCGGUCUUGGAAGGCAUCGGUUUGAAGAACGACCCUGACUAUGCUAUUGUCGGAGAGUGCCUACCGUAUGUGUCGCAACGACUCCUGUCGGACCCGUCGCCGCGCGUCGCGAAAGCACUGGAGACGUUCGUGUACGGUGGGGAAGACCAGCUCGUCAAAAAAGUCGAUGCGGACCGGUUGACUUAUCUCGCGGACGGCUUGCAGAGUUAUUCCAAGUCGGAGACGGGCAAUCAAGUGGAUGUGGAUGUGUUGGACGACGCCGUCGGCGUCGCGCGCAAAGUGGCCGAUCUGCUACUCGUGGAUGGGGACGAGCCCACUCCCCUCCAGACCAUCGUCGAGGCGGAGCUUGCGAAGGUGCUCGGGGCGUCGCUGCGGCAGUCUUUUGCGCAGGCGCGCGACUCGCGGGCAGGUACGCUCGCGCGGACGCUCGUGGACCCCUUCGGCGUGCUGGAUCCGUUGCUGAAGGGGCGCCUCGUCGCGCCGGACCGCGACGACCGCGUGCAGCUCGCGACACUCUCCAGGGUCGCGACGCGCGCGGGCGGCGAGCUCGGCGCGGCGGUCAACUCGCUGUCGGAGCUGCCCGUCGACGAGCAGCGCGAGGCGCUCGCGGAGCUCGGCGACCUGCUGUGGCGGAACCGCGCGGGCGCGUCGAAGGCGUCGCGGCGGAUAGCGGCGCUGCUGCUGGAGCAGGGGCUGGAACGGGUGGGAGCGUAA